AUGUCUCGCCGAAUCGAUCGCUUGCCGGCACCGUCGGAAGUUCGACAGAUGAAAGUCAUCGUCGCCAGUCCCAGUCGGUCAGGUACUCUUGGUCUCUAUCAGGCCAUGAAGAUUCUGGGUUACAACUCGUACCACAUCUACGAAUGCGCCGCUGUGAGAGGCGUAACCCAUAUGCAGCUUUUCAAGGAAGCUAUUAUUGCUCAGUAUAACCGAAUGGCUGGAGUUAAACGGUACACCAGGACCGAUUUCGAUAAGUGGUUGUGUGACUACGAUUGUGUGGUGGAGAUCCCGAGCUACAUGGGCAUGGACAUGAUCGAGGCGUACGCGGAGGACCCGGAUGUGAAAUUCAUCCUCACUGAGCGGCCUCCAAAGAAAUGGGCAAAGUCUGUCAACAACACGGCAGCUGAAGUGGCGACAAUGUCUAGCAAAUUCCCCUUCUCCAUCCUCAAAUACUUCGACACCACGCUUUUUGAGUUCCUGGAUCUCAACCAAGUCAUUUAUCAGGGGCUCGCUUGCGGCACGAAGCCUGACGGCCCGGACAAUGAGGAUAUCUUGGCCAGGUAUUACGCUGAAUAUAUCAAAAUGGCCAAGGCAACAAUACCUGCGGAUCGCCUACGCCUCAUUCAGCUUGAGGAUGGGCUCGGCUGGGAGGAUAUCUGCCCGUUUCUUGGAGUGCCAAUUCCCAGCGUCGAGUACCCCGGCCGAAACGAACCCGAGAAGUUCCAAGGCAUGGUCGAGGCGUUCAUAACACCGCUUCUUACGGCCGCGGUAGUGAGACUUAGUCUCGUGGCUGUGCCAACCGUUGCAGUUCUUGGCUGGAUGGCCGUGAAAUAUGUUUAG